UCAAAAAAAAAAAAGAAAAGAAAAGAAAAGAAAAGUAUUACUAGAAUGCAUGAUAAGAAAUCUGUAGGUUUGAUUUCAAACUUUGUUUAGGUGUCUGCUUUCCCUGAUACCCAAAUACUUGUCACCCCUCUAGUCUUAUGUCUUCCUGACAUGUAUGGUUCAAAGGGCAGCUAAUUCCAGGACUGAAAAAACUAAACUAAACUAAACUAAACUAAACUAAACUAAACUAAAACACCUUUCAAGAAACUUUAGACCUCCUAUUCCACUUCAUGUAUGAAAUGACUAAAAGGCAUAGACUGGAUUUAGUGUAUUUGUUUUGGAUUCACAGAUCAUAGGGCCUAGAUGGCAUGGAACACUGUACCUGUAGUCUCUCUGAGGGUUAGCUGAAUUUUCCUGAAUUUGCUUUGCUUUCACCUGAGAUUACUUGCAAAGAGAUUUCUUGAUUUAUUCCCAACAACAAAGUAGAAAUAGUUAAAGUCUUCCUAAAUGUCACCAGCAGACCACAGCAGAAAUCUCCAAGUAACACCACAUAACACAUGAAUCUGAAGUGGUCCUUGAGUCUCUGUGCUGUCAUGUCCAAGUUUAGGAGUGAGUACUUAUGCAAAGAUGAUGCACUCAGAAACAAAUUCAACUCAUGGUAGUGCAAAUUUGAUUCUACAGGAACCAAAUAGGUGACAUUAACAUAUGAAAGAAAUUGAGGAAGGAAGGAACUGGGUGGAGCUAACUCUAGCAAAGGCAGAGAUGCAGAUGAUAUAAUUAUAUUUCAAUUUUUAAAAGGUAUAUUGAAAUACAAAGGGAAAAAAAUUGAGUUUUUCUGUUCAGAUACGCUCCCUAUACUAAGGAAAUAAACUUUAGUAAGACAUUGUUGCAUACAGAGCCAAAACACUGCUUAAAACACAAAAGUAUUAUUAUGACUGAUGUUUUAGAUGGUAGUAUGAUAAAUGAAAAUUUAUAUUAUUAAUGCAUAUUCACUUACUUGCAAUAGCAGAUGAAAAAUUCAAUUUAUCCCUACCAGUACAAGGUAUAUCAGCCUCUUUUAAUACAUUUGUUCUCUUAGUUCUUAGUAAUUGACUCUAGAUGGAUCAUAUCAACUUACCUGUUAUUUAUAUUCAGUCUGUCAAUGACUAAUAAUCUUAUAAUGUCUACAGACUUAAUGUCUCAUUUCAGAGAGAACAACAAGACCACCAAAAAGACUCUGCUACGUGGAAGUCAUAUUGCUUUUUAUAUCUCAUUAUGUCUCUUCAUCUUGUUUCCACCAUACCAUGCUAACCCCUAAUAUCCCAAUUGAUAUAUACUUUACUCCUUUUUUGAUGGAUUACUUUCAGUUAUUCUUGUUUUGUAUCCAAUAAGGAAAAAAAUUAAAAUAACUAUAUGGUAUAUAUUCUUUCUUAAUCAAAGCUCAUAUAUAUUUUAAUAUAAAUAACUACUUUGGAUUUUCUAAAUUUGCAUUUAAAAUCAAAAGUUAUUUAAGUGGUGAAGCUUAAGAUAAUAUAUAUUUCCCAAUGUGUGUAUGUAGAUUCACUCAGCAAUACUUUCAUUUCUAAGAAAUUUUUAUUUGCACAUUUUAAUAAUGUGAUAUUUGGCUAUUUCUUUUUAUCUCUUAUGAGAUGACUCUUAUCAGAUUUUACUUUUAGAAUUACUUGUUCUUCCAGAGGAAGAAAGUAGUUCAUUAUAUAACUUGAAAAUACCCUGUUCACAAUGGUAGCAUUUUGCAUUGUAAAGUGAUAAUUAUGCAAUUUUAAGCUUCUGUUGCUUAUAUGCAACUACAUUUGAAUCAUCCCCACAAACCAUGGUUUCUCCUGUCUCUUGAUUACUAUAAUUUGUUUAUCCUAUUGUCAAUAGCUUUUGCGAAUGACUUCAUUUAUUUUAUGCUUUGUUAUGCCAUUUAAGCUUAGUAUUGAUUCUCUGUGUGUAUACACCCAGAUAUGCAUGCAUGAAUGUAUUUGCAUAUGAAUGCAUCCUUUUACUUUAAAAUAUAAGCCGUCUAUUUGCACUUAUUGAUACAAAUGAUGUGUUGUUCCCACAUUCUUAUCAAAGGUAUAUUUAAAGUUAUUAAUAUAUUUUCUAAUGGUGUUGCUUUGAAGAUUUUUAAUUUACUUAAUUUAGUAUUAAGAGUCUUAAUAUUUUUGUUUUGCUUACUAGCUUUUUCUAAUAUUUGUCAUUAUGACAUUGGUGUCCUUUUCUUCUCUUUAUGUCGUACAUACUGUGUUUCCUUUAAUUUGAUUUCUUUAACUCUAUAUAGUAUAGAUGUAAUAAAAAGGAAGGUGUCUUUGGCUUACAGAUCAGCAGAUAUGCUUCAUCAUGUCAGGAAAGGCAUGAUAGCUGAACUGGUUCAGUUAGUCUGUUGAUGAAAGAAAAUUAAAUUCAAGGCCCAUGACUCAUGUGGCUUGCUAGUUAGGAGGGCUUUUUGGGCCUAGGGCAAAGAACAAAGGCUGUUGCUGUAAAGUCAUUCCAGGAACUGGCUAGCCAUAAAGAUAGGAGAGGCAUGCAAGGACCCCCUACUAUCUCAACUGAGUUAUGGGCCAUUUGGCCCAGUGCCUCCCUGUCUCCUACCCUUAUGCCAUGAGUUAAAUGUUGACAUAGAUAAGCACCCGCCCUUCAGAAUUGCUGUUACCUUGAUCUGCGCAUACAAUUUGCUGAUGUUAAACUGUCCAAUUGUGUGUAACAGUGCCAAUUCUUCCCCUGCCCCCAACUUUUUUGUAUAUAAACCCCUAGCUUCUGAGCCUCGAGCUCGACUCCUCUGUCUCCUGCAUGAGAUACGUGUCAGCCCGGAGCUCAGUCAUUAAACUACCUCGUGUUUGCAACAAGCCAGUCUCCCGUGAUUCCUUGGGUGCACACACCAUCUCAGGACUUGAGUGGGGGUCUCCCACUAUGGUCUUUCAUUUGGAGAUCCCAACGAGAUUUGUGUGACACCCAGGAACCCCGAAGACCCCUUGGAGUGCAAUGCAACAAGUUCAGAGCAAUCAAACUCAUAGCCGUCCUCUUCAACUUCCUUCUCCUUAUAUAAUGAAUUAAAGGAGAGGAUGCUUAAAUUUUAUCAAAUGAAAUAUAUUUUUCAAAUAUUGGAUAAAAUGAGAUGCUUGCGAAAACGGUCUACAGUGUCAUUCUUGGGGGUUCUUGUUGUUUUUCUACUAUUCAUGAACUUGUACAUUGAAGAUAGCUAUGUUCUGGAAGGCGACAAGCAACUUAUAAGGGAAACAUCGACACACCAACUUAAUUCUGAACGCUAUGUUCACACUUUCAAGGAUUUAUCAAACUUCUCAGGAACCAUAAAUGUCACUUAUCGCUAUCUGGCUGCCACACCUUUACAGAGAAAACGAUAUCUCACAAUUGGACUUUCAUCAGUGAAACGAAAAAAAGGAAAUUAUUUACUUGACACAAUCAAGUCAAUUUUUGAACAGUCCAGCUAUGAAGAACUAAAGGAAAUUUCAGUCGUAGUACAUCUAGCAGACUUCAAUUCAUCAUGGCGAGAUGCCAUGGUCCAAGACAUUACACAGAAAUUUGCCCAUCAUAUUAUUGCAGGAAGAUUAAUGGUUAUACAUGCUCCUGAAGAAUAUUAUCCAGUUCUGGAUGGUCUUAAAAGAAAUUACAAUGACCCAGAAGAUAGAGUCAGAUUUCGCUCCAAGCAAAACGUAGAUUAUGCUUUUCUGCUAAAUUUCUGUGCCAAUACUUCUGACUAUUACGUGAUGCUUGAAGACGAUGUUCGGUGUUCCAGAAAUUUCUUAACUGCCAUCAAGAAAGUCAUAGCAUCCUUGGAAGGAACAUACUGGGUAACUCUUGAGUUCUCUAAACUUGGCUACAUUGGUAAACUCUAUCAUUCUCACGAUCUCCCACGUCUGGCCCAUUUCUUAUUAAUGUUCUAUCAAGAAAUGCCCUGCGAUUGGCUAUUGACUCAUUUCCGAGGGCUGCUGGCUCAGAAAAAUGUGAUUCGAUUUAAACCUUCUCUCUUUCAGCACAUGGGGUAUUAUUCAUCCUAUAAAGGAACAGAGAAUAAACUGAAGGAUGAUGACUUUGAAGAAGAGUCCUUUGACAUCCCUGAUAACCCCCCAGCGAGUUUCUACACCAACAUGAAUGUCUUUGAAAACUAUGAAGCAAGCAAGGCUUACAGUAGUGUUGAUGAGUAUUUUUGGGGAAAGUCACCUUCAAUGGGAGAUACGUUCGUUAUUGUAUUUGAAAAUCCGAUUACAAUUAAAAAAAUUAAAGUGAAUACUGGAACAGAGGACCGGCAGAAUGACAUCUUACAACAUGGAGCCCUAGAUGUUGGGGAAAAACUUAUUUUUAGCAAACAAAUAAGACAAUGUGAUACUUACUUAAGACUAGGGGAAUUCAAAAAUGGAUACUUUGAAAUGUCAGAUGUGAAUCAAAAAAUUCCCUUUGACAUACAUUGCAUGAGGAUAUGUGUUACCAAAACACAGAAAGAAUGGCUGAUAAUUAGAAGCAUCAGUAUUUGGACUUCCUAGCUAAAUAAAUCAGUAUCUUGAGUUUCUGAAGCAGGUCUUCCUGUUUCAGUUUUUGCUAACUUCCUCUUUUGCUACUUUAGUCUUUUGGAGGGCAACCAAUUGCUGUGCCAUGUCACAAGAAAAAUGAAUCAUCUCGGCAGUUUUGAUUAUAGUUUUACUAAACACAUCUUUGUAUUUUUUUCCCACUUUUGAGGUUGAAUAUCAUUCUGUAGUUAAAAUUGCUUUCAUUCAUACAUUUAAAUGUUCAUAGUUUUAAAUUUCAACCAAUUGCCAAAAGAGUGAUAUAAAAGGUUUAGCAUGAGAAAAUUCCUUUUAAAAUAAUUAAUUAAUUAAAAAAAUCAGUUGCCAACUGGGCACACUUAUGAAACAGUUGAUAAUUUAUUAUAUGUUCAGAAAGAUUCUUAGUAAGAAUAUAUGAGAAUAUGCAGAUAGGUUGCAAUCAUAAAAUGGGAUAAUUUUUCUUAUAAGUUUAGGCUUUCACUGACUGAUGAAUUUCUACAAUUAAUACCUCCUCAUAGAAGUGGUAUCUUUACAAAAGACUAUUUGUGUAAGUAGAGCUGUGGGGAAAAAACAGAUUAAAAAGUUGUCAUUCAUCUGGUUAUUUAUAUGAAAAGGAACAUUGCCUAUUAUUUCAAAACAUUUGAUUGAGCACAUAUUGAUAUAAAUUUUUCAUGAGAAUAAGUCUAUUUAUAACUUCCCUUUUGAAAAACAAAUAGUUAAUAAUAUUUGAAGGUUGCGUCUGUAAUUAAUAGAGAAAGAGAGAUGGCUUACCGUUAGUCCAUUCGUACAAACAAUUUCAGUAAAUGUAGAAAAAAAUGAAAUUGAUUUUAUACCUUUUGUAUUAAAGCUCAUGUGAUUAAAAUUGUUGUAAUUUAUCAUAUUGGGGGAGAUUAAAUGGCUGUCUUAUGUGGGAGAAAAGUAAUAUCUAAAGAAACUAGGUUUUGGUUUUUGUUGUUGUUGUUUUCUUUUUUUUUAAUUUUUUCUAUAGUUAAUUUCUUAACAAAGCCAAAACAAACAAUUUGUUUGUUGUUGUUAUUGUUAUUCUGAUUACCAGAAAAAUCCUCUUUACUAUUUAUGAGACAAUUCUCCCAGAAUUGAUUCUUCUUUCUUUCUUCCUUUCUUUCUUCCUUUCUUUCUUCCUCCUUCCUUCCUCCUUCCUUCCUUUCUCUCUCUCUUUUUCUUUCUUUCAUUCUUUCUUUCACUCCUUCCUUUCCAUUAUUUUUCUUUCUUUUCUUCUUUCCCUCUUCUCUCAUGUACGUAUGUAUUUAUUUACUGUUGAUUUGUUUGUGUCUGCUUGUCUGUGUAUACCACCUGUGUGUGGUGCCUGCAGAAGCCAGAAGAGGGUUUUAGAUACCCUGAAACUCAAGUUACAGGACAUUAUGAGAUAUAUGACAUGGGUGCUGGGAAACAAAACAGUGUUCUUUGCAAGAGCCGCAGGCACUCUUAACCACUGAGCCAUCACUCCAGUCCCAUCUGGUAUGCCUCUUAUUCAGGUUUUAAGUGGUUUGUGAGAUUCAUUUGAAUUUGAUAACAAAGUUGGUCCAUGAAGCACGUUCCCAUGCUGUAUGAUGACUGUAAAGUGUUUUAAUUCAUGCUUGUGUGCUAUAUGCGUACAAAUAGUAAUCAAACAUUAUUGGGGAUUUUUCAGUUGUCUCUUAAUCUUUCCGUAAAAGAAAUUCAAGGCACCAGAGUGUUUUCUCAAUCCACUUGUGUUUCAGAAUGUACUCAGUGGUCACAUCCUAGUUACAGUUUGAUAAGCAACCAGAUGAAGUGGUUUGUAAUGAAGAGAAAUAGAGAAUGUUUCAUAUGUUUGUGUUCCUGGAAAACAAUCAAAUUCAGGUUAACAUAUUUAUAUGGUGACACUUUCAUGCACACAUAAAUAUGUGUGUAUGUCUGUGUGUGUGUGUGUAUAAUGUGUGCUUGUGUGUGUAGUGUAAAGACUAUAUUUAUUAUACUAAAAAAAUGAAAGAGAAAAAAAGGAGUUUUGUGUCUGGUAUUCUUUCCAAUGUAAAGUACAAUCUUAUUAGAGUCUAAAAGAGAUUAGACUGUUUUUAUUUUAUUAAUUCUGUCAAAAUCAAUUAAAUUAGAAAAUCAGAUUGAGUGAAAUUUUUGUUGUUUCUUGAUAUAGUCACUUGAUAUAGCCCACCCAGUUGCACAACUUUCUUACAAUGUUAGAGAAGGUACUAAUCUUUCUUAAGCAUACAAAUGCUAACAGUGUGGAAUAUAUUUAAAUUUUAACUUGUAAGAAAAUUUAAAUACUGCCAUGAAACUUAUUUGUGUUUUGGGCUCAAGGAGAAAUGUCAUUUACUUAAAAAUAUUCCUCUUUCCUUGCAUUUCAGGCAUUUGUUUGGAUUAUUAACCAGCUCUCUAUAGCAUGAACAUGUAUCUUAGAAUUCCUGAUAACAUAGUUUUUGGAAUUCUGGUGAUUAGAAAUACACAGCUGUAUUCCAAUGGCAGAAGAUAUUAAAAUCAGAAAUGAUUGCUUGCA